CACUCACGUCACACGUGGUUGUUGUUUUUAGUUGAUAUUAUUCAAAACAUUUGUUUUAGUUUCAAGCGGAAGCUAUCUGCGCUUUAUCUACAUGAGCAUGGAUACAUUUAAUAAGGACAUGUUGGCGGAACACAAACAAGCUUCUAACUAUACAAAAAAUCGAAACAAAAAACGCAAAUCCACUAAUAAGCGUUUUCUUCAGAAUGCAAAAGGAUUCGGUCGAAAAAACAGCUUUGGACGCGGCGCAGAGUUGGAACAAGAUGAAUAUAACUAUUUUUUGGAAAUAUUAGAGACACUGAAUGGAUUGACUGGUGAGGACGUUACCGAAGAGCGAUCAACAAUGGCAAACAAUGUGUAUGAACAGAUACGUAAUAAAGAGAUUAAAACGUCAUCCAAUCAGUUGAGUAGUCGGGUACUAGAUAAUUUAAUCGGUUUCACAGACGAAGAAACUUUUCAACGUGUAAUGACAGUUUUCGUUGAGAAUUUUCGGGUUAUGUGUUGUGACAAUUUUGCUUCACAUGUGCUACAAAAAACCUUAUUUGUUGCUGUUUUACGAGCUGCUGGAGAAAAACACCCAGAAAAAGACGCCUCGAUAGGCGCUUCAAAAAAGCACAAGUCCGACUACAGUAGGGAACUAGAGUAUAAUCUGACAAUAGAAUUCAGUUCCGCUCAUCGAAAAGCCUGUGGAAAAUUUUUGAAAAAGGUAGCCAAAUUUCUGCUGAAUAAUUUGGAAGAGUUUGUAUGGAACUCAUCCGGAAACUACGUUAUUCGACAGUGCAUUCUAAAUUUAGCUGGCAUUGCCGAAGUGAAAGUUGGAAAAGAAAAUACCUCGGAAGCUGAGAAGAUCACAGUUCCGGACAAGUGGUUUAAGUUGAUCAAUGAAUUUUGUUCACGGCUUUUGAAUUGGCCCCAGUUUCCUGAUCUUCCAUACAAAGAAUUUACUUCAGCCUUACUGCAAAGUAUUUUGAUUUCGUUGAAUCGAGCAGAGGAUAAGUUCCAACUAAAACUGAUAGGAGAGAAGUUACUGAAUGACAGUUUCUUACUCAAGAGUACCGAGCUGGAACAAACGGAAGAGAUUAUGAAACUUCCCAAAGUUUUCCAUACAGAUAGCUCAAUUAGACUACUAGAAAUUCUGAUAUUAGUAGCAGAACCCGAGUUUUUUAAAGAUCAUUUGUACAAAAGGCUUUUUCAAGGAAAUGCACUAGUGCUCAGCCAGACACGAGCCACCAAUUUCUGUAUCCAAAAAAUCUUGGACCACGUGUCUGAUAAACACAUUCUUGAACAAAUGUUCUCAGAGUUGGGUACGGGACUUGAAGAAAUUUUGCAACUAGGACACACCGGUGUAGUCGUUUCACUAGCAAAAGCUUGUUCUCGACUAACAUGUCAACAGGGAAAGUUUAUAAAACUGUUAUUUGAAGCAUUGCAUUGCUCAGAUGCAGGUGGUGAAAAACUUCUGGCAUCCGUUUUGCAGUUAAUGCCAUUAGAAAAACAAACUACUACCACAACUCAAAUACACAUCCACGGGUCGAUCGUUGUUCAGAACAUAUUGGAUUUCAAUAAACCAAUCAAGUUGGUAUCGGCUAUUCUGGAAACGAAAAAUUCUCAUUUGGCAAAAAUAUUUACUGAUCCGAAAGGGUCUUUUAUUGCUAAUGCUUUUAUCGACUCAAAAUUUGUUGGAGAGAAAUCUCGUGAUAAGUUGAUUCGACAUUUGGAGGGAUGUUACAUGGAUUUGGCACUGUCUUCGCACGGAUCGCGUGUUCUGGAACUGCUGUAUGAAGCUGCUGGUUCAUCCCCGAAAGAGACUAUUGUGCGAGAACUGUCUGAACGAAUUGCUCAACUCAAUAGCAAACCGUGGGGAGCGAUUGUCAAUCGAAAACUUCGGGUGGAAGUCUACCGACGCAAUCCAUCGCAGUGGAAAUCUGUAUUGAAGUCCCCUGGAGAACACCUAGUCAUUUCUGACACAGUCACUCGAGGAAAGAAGCGUAAGUAA